AUGGCGAACCUUCACUUCGCGGCGUCUAGCGCGCCGCUGAAGAGCAUUCAAGAAAUCCAGUUCGGUCUGCUGGAUCCGGCGGAGAUCCAAGAGAUGAGUGUUGCUCACAUCAUCUAUCCGGAGACCAUGGACGAGGCGAAGCAGCGUCCCCGUGAAGGUGGUUUGAACGACCCCAAGCUUGGCUCCAUUGAUCGGGCGUAUUCGUGUGCCACCUGCGGUGAAAACAUGCAGGAGUGUCCAGGUCACUUUGGACACAUCGAGCUGCAUACGCCCGUCUUUCACGUUGGCUUCAUCAACAAGAUCAAGAAGCUGCUUGAGUGCGUGUGCCACAACUGUGGCAAGAUCUUAGCAGAUGAAUCUGAGCAACAUUUCAAAGAUGCCUUGCGGUUACGAGACCCGAAGAACCGCUUCGAAGCGAUAUGGAAGGUCUGCAAGCCCAAGACCCUCUGUCAGAUGGACCAACCGUCGGAGGAGUACGACGGUGCUCAGAAGAACAAGAAGCCCCAGAUUCAGCAUGGCGGAUGCGGAAACCGCCAACCUGAGAUUCGCAAGGACGGUCUGAAGUUGAUGGGAACCUGGAAGCCCCAGAAGGGUGAAGAUGAAGAGGAAGCUCGCCAGCCGGAGAAGCGCGUGAUCAAGCCUCAGGAUGUGCUGAACAUCUUCAAGCUGAUCACCGACGAGGCGCUCGUGACUCUUGGCCUGAACAUCAACUUUGCCAGGCCUGAGUGGAUGAUAAUUACCAUGUUGCCCGUUCCGCCUCCGCCGGUCAGGCCUUCCAUUUCCGUAGAUGGAACUGGACAGGGAAUGCGUGGAGAGGAUGAUUUGACCUAUAAGCUGGCUGAUAUCAUCCGCUCCAACGGAAGCAUCAAGCGCUGUCACUCGGAGGGUGCUGCGCAGCACGUCAUCGACGAUUUUGAGGUGCUUCUCCAAUGGCACGUAGCAACCUACAUGGACAACGACCUCGCCGGUCAGCCGCAAGCGCAACAGAAGUCAGGCAGAGCCUUGAAGACCAUUCGUGGUCGUCUAAAGGGUAAGGAUGGUCGUCUUCGUGGCAACUUGAUGGGAAAGCGUGUCGACUUCUCCGCGCGUACCGUCAUUACCGGUGAUCCCAACCUGGAUCUGGACGAAGUCGGUGUACCGCGAUCCAUCGCUAGGACCCUGACUUAUCCUGAGACUGUUACGCCAUACAACAUUGCAAAGCUUCAUGAACUGGUCAAGAACGGCCCGAAUGAGCACCCUGGUGCGAAGUACAUCAUCCGCGAUGACGGCACGCGCAUCGAUCUUCGUCAUCACAAGCGCGCCGGAGAGAUCCAGCUUGCGUAUGGCUGGAAGGUUGAGCGUCAUGUCGUCACCGGAGAUUUCAUUAUUUUCAACCGCCAGCCCUCUCUACACAAGGAGUCUAUGAUGGGUCACCGCGUCCGUGUCAUGCCCUACUCGACUUUCCGCUUGAACUUGUCGGUCACUUCUCCAUACAACGCCGAUUUCGACGGUGACGAGAUGAACUUGCACGUUCCGCAGACUGAAGAGAGUCGUGCAGAAGUCAUGCAGCUCUGCAUGGUGCCGCUCAACAUUGUGUCACCUCAGCGCAACGGUCCGCUCAUGGGUAUCGUGCAGGACACGCUCUGCGGUGUCUACAAGCUUUGCAAUCGUGAUAUCUUCCUCACCAAGGAGCAGGUUAUGAACGUACUUCUCUGGGUGCCGGAUUGGGAUGGCGUGAUUCCUCAACCAGCGAUCUUGAAGCCCCGUCCUCGUUGGACUGGAAAGCAGAUCAUCAGUCUUGCCAUUCCGGACAUCAACCUGGUCAAACCUGGCAAGACGCACGCGCCAAUUGAUGACAGCGGAGUUGUUAUCAUUGGUGGCGAGCUCAUCUACGGGCUCUUCAACAAGAAGAUUGUUGGUGCCAGCAGUGGUGGUAUUAUCCACACAGUCUUCAACGAGAAGGGCUGGGAAGCAACCGUGGGCUUCUUCAACGGCACUCAGCGUAUUGUCAACUACUGGCUGCUGCACACCGGGUUCUCUAUCGGCAUCGGCGACACCAUUCCUGACGCUGUCACCACGGGGAAGAUCGAAGAGGCCAUCAACAAGCAGAAGGAGUUCGUCUCAGAAAUCACAGAGGAAGCAACGCAGGACAAACUCGACCCGCUUCCUGGUAUGACCAAGAGAGAAACCUUCGAGAGUAGGGUCUCGGUCUGCCUGAACAAGGCCCGUGACGAUGCAGGUGCUGUUACCGAAAAAAGUGUAGCCAAAUGCAAUAACGCCAUUGCCAUGGCUGCCUCUGGUUCCAAGGGUUCUACCAUCAACAUUUCCCAGAUGACGGCGCUUGUCGGUCAGCAGUCCGUCGAGGGUAAGCGUAUCCCGUUUGGCUUCAAGUACCGGACUCUGCCGCACUUUACGAAGGACGACUACUCCCCCGCAGCCAGAGGCUUCGUUCAGAACUCGUACCUACGUGGUCUUACCCCCUCUGAAUUCUUUUUCCACGCCAUGGCUGGUCGCGAGGGUCUCAUCGAUACCGCCGUGAAGACCGCCGAGACUGGUUAUAUCCAGCGCCGUUUAGUCAAGGCUCUUGAAGAUGUCAUGGCCAAGUACGACGGAACCGUCCGCAACUCCCUCGGUGACAUCGUCCAAUUCAUCUACGGUGAAGAUGGUCUUGAUGGUGUCUAUAUUGAGAAGCAGGGCUGCGACUUCGUCAACUGCUCCGAUGCGCAGUUCAAACGCAAGUUUUACGUCAAUGUCAUGGACCCGUCAACUUCGCUCUCGAGCGACAUUCUGGAGCAGGCUGAUGCCAUCGCCGGUGAUAUCGAGGUGCAACGCCUGUUUGAUGAGGAGUUCGCUCAGCUGGAGGAAGACAGGAAAUAUGUCCGCAACAUCACGAAUGAUGCGGACGACCAGCGCCAGAUCCCGCUGAACAUCCAGCGUAUCAUCGAAACGGCGAAGAGCAAAUUCCGCAUCAAGGACGGUUCCCGGAGUGACCUGCACCCUGCCGACGUCAUUCCUAAGGUUACGGAGGUCCUGAACAGACUCAUUGUCGUACGUGGAGACGACCCGUUGUCGAGCGAGGCUCAGGAGAACGCCACCUUCCUCUUCAAGGCUCAACUGCGCUCGAGGUUGUCUUUCAAGCGUCUUGUUCGCGAACACUCUCUGAACAAGCUCGCGUUCGAGAACGUUCUCGGUGAUCUCGAGAACCGCUUCAACCGAGCGAUCGUCAGUCCCGGAGAAAUGGUUGGUGUGCUUGCUGCACAGUCCAUUGGUGAGCCCGCAACGCAGAUGACUCUGAACACCUUCCAUUUCGCUGGUGUGUCUUCGAAGAACGUUACCCUUGGUGUCCCACGUCUGAAGGAAAUUCUCAACGUUGCCAAGCAAAUCAAGACUCCUUCCAUGAAGGUGUACACGCAAACUCCCUUGGAGGCUUCGGAAGCGGAGAAGAGGCAGCAAGCCAAGCUCCUUCGCAGCCGUAUUGAGCACACGACGCUACGCUCCGUCACCGAGUGCGUCGAGCUCUACUAUGACCCCGACAUCCAGUCGACUGUGAUCGAGGCCGAUUCUGACCUGGUCGAGUCCUACUUCAUCAUUCCCGAUGAUACUGCGGAGGAUAUCGACUCACAGUCCAAGUGGCUCCUGCGUGUCGUGCUCAACCGUGGCAAACUUCUCGACAAGGGCCUGACGGUUCCUCAGGUCGCCAGCAGGAUCAAGGAGGAAUAUCACAAGAACUUGGCCGUCAUUUUCAGUGACAACAACGCUGAAGAGCUGGUCAUCCGUAUCCGCCUCAUCAAGCACGAUGUGAAGGAGGACGACGAAGAGAAUGAUGAGAAGCUGCUUGCCAUGCUUGAGCAGAAACUGCUCGACGAAUUGACCCUUCGUGGUGUCGAGGACAUUGAGCGUGCCUUCAUCAACAGCGGCCAGACGCAGGUGAUCAGAGAUGACGGCACCCUCUACAUGGCGAAGACCAACGACUGCACGGAAUGGUUCCUCGACACCACUGGUACUGCUCUGUCUGCGGUCCUUACGGUUGAGGGAGUCGAUGCCAAUCGGACGUACUCGAACAACUUCUUCGAGAUUUUCUCCGUCUUCGGUAUCGAGGCCACGCGUACAGCUCUUCUGAAGGAGUUCACCCAGGUGCUGGCGUUCGACGGUUCAUACGUCAAUCAUCGUCACUUGGCGCUCCUGGUCGACGUCAUGACGGCUCGUGGCCAUAUCAUGGCUGUCACUCGCCACGGUAUCAACCGUGCGGAUACUGGUGCGCUCAUGCGUUGUUCUUUCGAAGAGACGGUCGAAAUUCUGCUGGAUGCGGCGGCGUGCGGUGAACUGGAUGACUGCCGCGGUGUUUCGGAGAACAUCAUGUUGGGUCAACUGGCACCUGCUGGUACCGGCGAGAUGGACAUCAUGGUGGACAAGAACAUGCUCAACACGUGUGCGUCGGACAAUGCUCGCUAUGGACUCAUGCCUGGUCUGGCUGCUGCUCCUGGGUACAUUGCCGAUGGUGCGGCUACGCCCUACGACAUCGGCUCCCCGUCGCACGAGGGCGCGUUCGCGGGUCCGGACUACGGCGCAUCGUUCUCGCCGAUGGUGCAGGCUGGUGGCGACGACAGCGGUGGCCUUACCUCGUAUGGCUCUUUCAGUGACGGCGGCAUGAGUCCGUACGCCCGCAGCCCUGGGUAUGCGCCCACCAGCCCCUUCAGCGGACAGAGUCCUACCUCUCCCGGCUACUCGCCCACGUCGCCUGGUUACUCUCCCACGUCGCCAGGCCUCAAUCUCACAAGCCCACGGUUCGGUGGCACGUCGCCAGCCUUCUCGCCCACUUCGCCGGGCUACUCUCCCACAUCGCCCGGCUACUCGCCGACGUCGCCAGCGUUCAACAGCCUGUCGCCCACGUCGCCCAACUACUCGCCAACGUCACCCUCUUACUCGCCCACGUCGCCGUCGUCGCCCACAUCGCCGGCUUAUUCGCCGACAUCUCCGAGCUAUAGCCCGACGUCGCCGGCUCACGCAACGUCACCCAAGUAUAGCCCGACGUCUCCGGCAUACAGCCCGACUUCGCCGAUGUAUUCGCCUACGAGCCCGCAGUUCGGCAGCGGGAGCGACAGACGGUCGCCGACGUCGCCUGCCAUGGGGUAUUCGCCGACCAGCCCGGUGUACAGCCCGACCAGUCCUGCUGGCGACCAAUACUCGCCGACGUCACCGAGGUUCUCUCCUACGUCUCCGGGUGCGGGGCAGUACUCGGCCACGACGCCGAAGUAUUCGCCUACGUCCCCGAAGUACUCUCCUACUUCGCCGCGUCAGGACUAA